AUGGCAGCUAAUUAUUUACUGUUCCUGAAAAACAAAUUCAUCAGUGAUUAUGAAGAAGCAGUGGCAGAAUACAAUGAUUUUCCCUUCCGUUCUUGUUUUCAUGCGAUCUUAGAGGAGUUGCAGAAAAUAAGGAUCAGCUCCUCAACACCCAUAAGAAUGAAAAAUUUGCUCUACGAUCUCAAGUUUGUAUUGGCUGAGUGCAUCAUGUUAGCAGGCAAGGAGAAGGAGCGCAUUACCCAGACCAAGAAAAAUCUCGUAGGUUAUCAGUAUGUGAAGAAGAAAUGGAUUCUGUUCUUAACUACGAGGAAAUUGGUCUCCAUCAAAGAAAAUUUGUUGAAAUACUUGCACGAUGUCAGCGUCAAUGUUGCAGGUGAGACUAAGAGGCCUUUGUCCUUGAGCUUGGUUAGGGUUCGUCAACGAGGGGACUUUCCAGAAUUCGACAAGACUUCGAUUCAUGGGUUCGAACACCAUUUCGAAAAGAUCAAAGAUUUGCUCCUCAAGACACCUGAUACUGAUAGUAUCAGCACGAUUGGCAUUGUAGGGACGGGCGGUUCAAGUAAAACUACUCUUGCUCAAAUGGUGUUCAAUAGCUCUCAAGUCCAAGACAGUUUCUCCCCAAUUUUAUGGGUUGAAUUACCUCAAUCUCUGAUUAAACCCCACUUAAUUGCUUUCGCCAUUCUCAAAAGCUUGGCAAGUGAUUUUUCUUGGUGUGGCAGUGCUUUUGAUCUCAAUGAGCUUUUGCACAACCGACACCGUUGUUUGCUUAACAACAAGUAUUUGAUUGUGUUGGACAACAUGUGGCAUGCAAAUGAUUGGUACUUUGAUUUGGAUUCUAACUCCAAGCUGCAGAUAGAAGGUAACGAAAACUACACUCAUCUCUCACAUGGCUUGCCAAAGGGAAGUGGGGGUGCCUUCAUCGUCACUAGUAGACUCAAGGAAGUGGCAAGUAAGAUGGUCGGUAAGCGGAAUUUGUAUCCCCACGAGGCCACAUUGGACAAAGAGUCAUGUUGGUCCAUAGUUAUAGAUUCAAUGGAAAAGAAGAUUUCAGAUCACUGGAUAUUAGAAAAAAUUAAAGAUGACAUGGUAGACAGGUGUGGUGGUCUUCCAUUAGCUGCAAAGACCUUGGCAGAGAUAAUUUCACAUCAGUAA